CGGCCAUCUUGGAAUCAUAGCACGGUUUCAGGCAAUUGUCUGAGACACUGCGUGACCAUACGACUCAUUGAUUUACAUCGUGUCGUUAGUAAAGAAGACAAACUGUUCUUUUGUUCUUAUUUAACGAAAACAGCCGAGACGUUUGUUUUCUAUUGCUCACUCAGCGGUGAAGCAAACUCAGGAUUAUCGAAAGAAGCGUUAUGGCGACUGUUACUCCAAGCCGUGAAGCUGGCCGGCCGGCGGCCUCUACACCUCUUUCCCCGACCCGGAUCUCUCGCUUACAAGAGAAACAAGAUUUGCAGCACUUGAACGAUAGGCUGGCCGUGUACAUCGACCGCGUCCGGGCUUUGGAACUGGAGAACGACCGGCUGAUGGUCAAAGUGUCCGAGAAAGAGGAGGUGACUACUAGAGAGGUGACAGGCCUGAAGGCUCUGUAUGAGGCGGAGUUAGCUGAUGCUCGACGGGUUUUGGAUGAAACUGCGAAAGAGAGAGCCAGGCUCCAGAUAGACCUUGGCAAAGUUCAGUCCGAGCUGGAGGAAGCCACACGCAGUGCCAAGAAGAAGGACAGCGAUCUUGCUGCAGCAUUGUCCAGGGCCAGUAGUUUGGAAGGCCAGCUGAACAAGAGCGAAGCAGCUCUUUCUACAGCUCUAAGCCAGAAUGCUGCUCUGACUUCUGAGCUGGCUGAUGUCAAGAGCCUGCUGGCUAAGGCAGAGGACAGUCAUGUUGUUGCCAAGCGCCAGCUGGAGGCAGAGACUCUGAUGCGUGUCGACCUGGAGAACCGCUGUCAAUCACUGAGCGAGGAGCUGGAGUUCAGGAAGAGCAUGUUUGAAGAGGAGGUGCGUGAGUCCCGGCGCCGACAGGAGCAGAGGAUAGUGGAGGUGGACUCUGGAGUCAGGCAGGACUAUGAGUUCAAACUGGCACAGGCUUUACAGGACCUAAGGAAGCAACAUGAUGAGCAAGUUUCUCUUUACAAAGAAGAACUGGAACAUACCUUCCAGGCUAAGUUGGACAAUGCCAAGGUGUCCUCAGAGAUGAAUGACAAGGCAAUGAGCACAGCCAGGGAGGAGGUGCAGGAGUCCCGUAUGAGAAUAGAGAGCCUUGGAUAUCAGCUGAGUGGCCUGCAGAAACAGCUGGCUGCCUCAGAGGAUCGUAUCCGAGAGCUGGAGGAAGUCCUGUCAGCGGAGCGAGACAAGCACCGCCAUGCCAUCGAAGGAAAGGAACAAGAGAUGAGUGACCUGAGAGAAAGGAUGAACGCUCAGCUCAGUGAAUACCAGGAGCUGCUGGAUGUGAAACUUGCCCUGGAUAUGGAGAUCAAUGCAUACAGGAAAUUGCUGGAGGGAGAGGAGCACAGACUGAAGCUGAGCCCAACAGGCCGAGUCACUGUUUCCAGGAUUACCGGAUCUUCCUCCUCCCACUCCUCCAAGAGGAAGAGAGUGGAGGUGGAGGCUCAGGAUGCGCCAGAGGCGGGAAGAGGAGAGGGUCAGCUGCUGGUGUCAGAGGAGGCCACAGCUAGUGGAGCAGUCACCAUAGCGCCCACCGACAUGGAUGGAAACGCAGUCACACUGACCAAUGAUACUGAGCAGGACCAGCCUUUGGGCAACUGGAGGCUGAAGAGACAGGUUGACGAUGGGGACGAGAUCGUCUACAAGUUCUCUCCAAAGUUUGUCCUCAAGGCUGGACAGUCAGUGACGGUGUGGUCUGCUGAUGCUGGCGUGGCCCACAGUCCACCAUCUGACUUGUUGUGGAAGAGCCAGGCUUCCUGGGGCACAGGAAAUGACUUAGUUACUUCUUUGAUCAAUGCUGAUGGCGAGGAGGUGGCCAGACGGACUGUGACCAAGACUCAGGUGGAGGUAGAGAACGGAGACGAAGAGGAGGAAGAGGAACAAACGGGCAAGGUGUCAUCCAGAGAGUGUGCCAUCAUGUGAAUCCUUCCUGUUCUGUUGAUGGCUUGGACCUCCCCAUUAUAAUUUUUUUUUCUCUCGCUCCUCUCAGACGUGAUCCUGUCCAUUGCCUCAUCAUUUGGUGUUUUUAUUGUUCAAGACAAUGUAAGAACUUCUGGACUAACGGGGUCUGUUUUGUUUUGGUUUUUUUUUUUUUUUUACCGCUCUCCACUUUUCUGGGCCUGCUUUAAUAUGUCAAACUGUGGUGUUGCAACCGAAUAUUUCUGCUUCUACUAAUCAAACUCAACAUGUCAAUGAAUCAUUCCACUGACUGUCCCUCAUUCUUCUGCUGUAAGGAUGUUGGUUUCAUCCUUAAUGACGAGCAGAACAACAGAGUGUAAGAUCAACUAAAAGAACCUUGUUUGAUUUGAGUUUUGGAGAUAAGGACCUCUUCUCUACAGCCAUAAAGAUAUUUUUAUUUCUCCAAAAUCAACACACUUUUCUGACCAAAGGGUCUUAAAGUGUUUCCCAUCUCGAACAUUAUUAUUUGUGUGGUGACUCAGACAGAUUUUGCCCCUCUGCACAUCUCCCUUUGAAAGAUUAGCAUAAAAAUGCUAUUCUGCUUCCGUGUGUGAUUGUGUUGAAAAUUAGUUUACAGCAUCACUGCUGGUUUGUAGCCAGCUGUUUGAAGUGUUUGACCUCAGAGUUUAGACCACUUCAAAUCAAACCCAGACCUCUUGGACACACUUUGCCAUCACACAACCUGCUGUCAGAGUCCUGAUCACAUUCCUGAAACUGGUCCCUCGUCCCCCUGCUCUGUCUCGGUCCUCCUUUUCUUUACUCCUCCUCGCUUCUUGAAAGACAGCAGUGAAAAUAUGAUAGUUCAUCUGCUCAGUCUUACCUGGAAGAAGUGAAUAAAAGUAAAGACAAACAUUUGAAAGUUGAUGGUGAAAGGUUCGGGAGCCAUGCGUAUUUCACAGUUAGCUGGAGCUGUUAGCCGUCGGGGCUCCCUGCAGAAACACUCCAGAUUCAUUUUGACCAGGGACCUUUGACUUCUGAUAUCUGUUAUAUGAAGCAGGCAGGGAAUGUGCUGUGUCACUGAAAUCAGGCUGUCUAACUCUGACUCCUGCAGGAAGCCCAACAAAAACGUGUGAGCUGUUAGGGGAUCUGUUGUGUUGGAGCUCUUGGUUGACAUCUUGCUUUCUCGGUGACAUUAGUCAGUUGCAGUGACCAGUUAAUAUUGAAUUAUUUUGACAGAUAUACUGGAACGAAUAUGUGCACACAUGAAAUAGAACUUUAAUCCAAUCCUCAGCAGUGUUGGGGAGUGGUAACCUGCUCUUAAAGCUCAUCAGGGUUUUUUUUUUGUUUGUUUUGUUUUGCUGAAGUGUCUUAUUGUGAACAACCUAUUUUAGUCUUCUGUCUUGCCUCUUGUUGGUUGCGAGUUCAGUGUUCACUAAUGUUUCGGAUCAACAAACCCCUCAAAGUGGCUCUCAGUCUCUUCAGAUUAGCAGAUUUUCAGUCUCUCUCAACUAAAACGUUGAGCUGAAGCUAAACAUAGAGCUCCAGACCAGUAACAGGGAGUGUGUGUGUGUGCGCACACAGACAGGAGAGAGAUGAAACUAAAAUGUAAUCUGGAAAUCGUGUCAUUAGCAGUGAAGUGUGUGGAACCACACUGCAGCCUGGAGUCUCUAACAGUGAUGGCCAGAGAUGUCCCGUGACAGCUGUCUCUUAGGAGUAGAUCCAUCUCCUGUAUGAAAGGUGGUUGUGUUAGAUAAAUACAUGUGUUUGCUACCAUGUAACUUGUUAACUCAUGGAUCUGUGUUAAAAUGUUGCUCAUGUGUCAGUUCUGUUUUUUUUUUUUAAUAACAGGGUUUUCAGGGCAGAGUGGCCCCAGGUUCUCUCUGCUGCUCUUAAAAUACCGAGGCAGGCAGAGUGUGGUUGGAGAUAGAACUGGUUGAUGUGGGUUUUGCUGGUUUGAGUUCCCAGUUGAGCCACUGAGUUAAUACAGCCCUGUGACCUGGCUUUAAUUGGGAGUAUUAAACUGACAUUAUUAUUGCCUCCGUUUUCUUUAAGUAUCCACACAAGGUGACACAGUGGAAAACAACACUUGUAAGGUGCACCUUGUGUGCAUCUUGAAAAACUUUUUGUGUGUGUAUGCUGUGAUUUACAUCGCUAGUUCUUUUUCUAUAGUUACUGUCUAUGUAAUCAGUUUAUUUACAAGAACUAUUUCAUUUAUUGUUGUGUGUUUAGGAUUUCGGGGUGAUCAAGGUUGGGUGUGGAUGACCUACGUGUAAGGGUAGAAACUGAAUCUUGGAUUCCGAUGUAUUUCAGGAUUUUGAUAAAACGAUACUGAACACUACUAAAGUCUUCACUGAAGGAAGUGAAAAAAUGAGUGUAUACGUUUCAUAUUGGCAGAAGCAUCGGCUUCUUGUCUGGUAAUAGAUUAGUGACCGACUUUGAGCAUCCGAAUUAGAUGAAGUCUGGCAGUGUUAGACUAACUGUGACUAUGAAGUGAAUACAGAUCUGAUUUCCAUUGCUCUUCAGAGCAGAGACACUGUAAGUCUGUGAUAUAUGGUGGUAAAAUCAGUCCCUCCAGGAAUUCUCAGUCUUUUAGUUCAGCCACAAGAAUUAUUGCAAAUUCAGCUGAUCCCUGAAACAUGCAAGAGGUAACGUUUUUUUUUUAAAAAUUACUUCUUUCACAGAAAUGUGUUUAACUGCCAGUACUUAAUUAACCGAUCACUGCAUUUUUCAUGUCGAAUUUAAUUUAAUAUAGAACCUUCUUCACAAGCCAAAGCCAAAUAAUUAAGAAGCAAAAAAAAAGAGUUUUUGUUUUUCUGAAGCAUUUGCUGCGUAUUAGUAUGCAUGAUUGUCACUUUGCUCUCCAAACAGUAACACACACAUUUUGCACCUGAUUUGUACACUAUAAAUUUAAUGGAAGUGACAGUAGAGUUUUAACAGCUCAGAUCCUGGAGGGGCUGUUGUCUUCGGUCUGACACUAUAGAUGUGACUGUGUGAUAGCUCUGUUGAGAUCCAGGUUUUAAUCAGUACAGCAGAGACCUGGUAUUGUUCAUGGGGAGGGGGGGGAGGGGGGCAUGCCAAAUGUCAUUUUUCAUUCAUGAUUAACUUGUUGAACUACUUUUUGUACACACAAUAAAUGUUUUACAUAUA